GCCAGCCAUGGAGCCGCAGAAAGAGGCGCGAACUGGCAGGGACCCGGUAGCGCAGCCGCCAGAGGCCUCGAGGUCUCACGCGCCGAACGAGGAGGAGCGGCGAGAGGGCGGCGCAGCGCUGGCGUCGGCUGCCGUGGGCGCGGAGGCGGACGGAGCCAGUGCGGACGGGCUGUGGGAGCUGCCCGUGGAGCCCGCCCAGCGGAGGCCCGAGUGCAGCCGCUGCAGCCGGCCUCAGAAAGUGUGUCUGUGUCCAUUUCUACCAUUGCAUCCUCUCCAUAUCUCUACCCACUUGUACAUAAUUCAACACCCAGCAGAGGAAAGCAAAGUGCUUCGGACAGUUCCUCUGCUAGCAGCGUGCCUACCCCAGGACAAGUGCAAGGUCAAAAUUGGCCGUCGCUUCAGUGAAGAAAGAGAUCCCGAACUUUCAGCUAUCUGUCGGAAGUCUGAUACAUUAAUAUUAUAUCCAGGGGCUGAAGCUGCUAAUUUGGAAGAAUUUAUAUUAGAUUCUUCUGUUUAUCCUUCCACAAUCAUCAUCAUUGAUGGUACAUGGAGCCAGGCUAAGGACAUUUUCUAUAAGAAUUCCUUGUUUCGACUUCCCAAACAGGUGCAGUUAAAAACUAGCAUUUCUAGUCAGUAUGUCAUUCGGACACAACCAACGAAUAGGUGCCUUUCUACGCUGGAGUGUGCAGCUCUUGCUCUUUCCAUCUUGGAGAAAAAUAAUUCCAUACAAGAGACUUUGCUUCGCCCACUUCAAGCUUUAUGCUCUUUCCAGCUUCAGCAUGGUGCUCAAAUUCGUCUCAGCAAGGAACACCUCCUGAAGAAUGGAUUAUAUCCUAAGCCCAUGCCAAAAAACAAACGAAAACUCAGGAAAAUGGAACUGUUAAUGAAUAGUGUUAAAAUUUAGUGCACUUGUUCUUAUGGUGCUAGUUAUAGUGUCUUUGACUAACAUUGUCAAGUUAAGUUUUCUUACAAUAUAAGUUUGUAGGUUUUUGAUUACGGACUAAGAGUUGCAUACUAACUUGCCCAGAAAGGGAAGCAAACCAGAUAGCCAUAAAAUCAAACACAUUUCGUUGACUGAAUUAAGAUGUCACACUGCAUUUAUUUUUUAAAACGUGCCUCUAAUUCAUUCUUUCAAAUUCAUAAUUUAAAGCGUGGCUAAUUGUUGAACUUGGUUAGACAUUCUUGUUUAUUAUAUUGAAGGAAGUUGUAACUGAUUGGAACUAUGUAUUGUUUCUGUUGAUGUUUAUAGAUCAUUAGAUGCAGACAUGUAAUAGAAGAUACAUCAAUUUGCAGUCUUGUAAGUACACAACUUUAUAGUUUGAAAAAAAUAAAAAAAGACAAUAGUGAUAAUCAAUUGGUUUACAUAGAAUUUAUUUAUUUUAUAAUAUAGUAUAACUGAUUAAAGAACUAUUCUUUAGGGACAAAGUUUGAACUAUUAGUUGCCCUGACUUUUGAAGAGGUGCAUAUAAUUUUGAUAUAAUACACAUUUUUCACUUGUAAUCACUCACCAUAAUAUAAGUUAAUAUUUCAGUAUUCAUUUAACAUGUUUAUUUAAUCUGUGACAAACUAGUUAUAUUGAAGUUCUAUUAUGGAAAUAAUAAGUUGGACUAUAAUACAACUGUAUUUUUGAGAUCUGUUUUCAUAACUAGGGCUAUUUAAAUAUUUUUUAUGGCAAAAGCUUUCAAUUUGAGAGAAAAAAAAAUACCUUCCCACCAUGGUCCUUGGGAAAAUAUUACUCAGAUUUGGUACAAAAUUAGAGGCAUGUAUGUAAUAGAAGUUAUAUGUAAAAAUCUACUGCCUGGUGUGUACACCUUUUGGCAAAAAAAGAGAUUUGGUUUUACUCUUUACUCAUGACUUCUUGAGUUUUCUGUAUUCAGUCUCAAUUUGCAGAGGAAAACUACCCAUGCAAUUUAAAAGUAAGUUUGAUAUGUAUUAUGUGUAUAUUUGUGACACAAAGCAUAUACAUCAGUGAUUACUUCUAACCAUUUUCAUCUCUAUUUGUUGUUAUCAUGGAAUAGACUUAUUAAAAGCUCUAGUGAUGGUCACAGUUAGAAUGCUGAUGAGUGUUUUGGGAAAUGAGGAAGAAAGCUUUAUAAAAUACUAAACAAAAUUUGGGUUUUUAUCUUCUAAUGGUAACUUUUUAAAAAAAUAUAUAGUUCAUUUAACAGAAAACAUCUACUAUCAAAUGAUUAGGUAUAAUAGAAAAAUUGUAUAUAAUGUAUAGUGGUUUCUUAAAUGGUACAAAGUCAACUUGCUGUAGUUAUUUUCAUAUUGAAAUUGAAUGUCACACAUUUCCUUUAUUCUAUUAAAAAAGUUCCUACAGAA